UUCUAAGGUUUUCCCUGUUCAAUCUUUUCAGUGGCAAUGGAAGGGCAACGACCAAAUGCAGAAGAUGAACUUAUUCUCUCAUCCCUCCCCAGAGAGAGGGGUUGGGCAAUCCCUGAUCUCUAUCUAUUCCAAGAAUUUUGGUGCCCUUCAAUUCUUAUAAAAGAGGUAAACAUUUUUCAAAAGCAGUUUCAAGCAAAAGACAGUGAUAUUUUUGUUGCUAGUUUUCCAAAAUCAGGCACUACUUGGUUGAAAGCCAUUACAUUUUCCAUUGUGAAUCGCCAAUGCUUGUCUUCCAAUGAUAACCAUCCAUUGCUUACUUCAAAUCCUCAUCAACUUGUUCCUCAUGUUGAAUUUAUGUAUCGUGGUGAUGUCCAUUGCCCAACUACUGAACCAAGAGUGUUUGGAACUCACACUCCAUUCCCUUCCUUGCCCAACUCCAUCAUUGAUCAAUCUAACUGUAAGAUAAUUUAUAUUUCUAGAAACCCUUUUGACCUUUUUGUUUCAGCAUGGAGUUACUUUGAUAAAAUUAAGCUAGAGCCUUUGUCCACAUUGAAAAUUGAAGAAGCUUUUGAAAUGUACUGCAAUGGGAUAAUUGAGUUUGGUCCAUGGUGGAGUCAUAUGCUAGGUUAUUGGAAGGAGAGCAUGGCCAAACCAAACAAGGUUUUGUUCUUGAAGUAUGAAGAUCUUAAAGAGGAUGCCAAUUUUGAGGUGAAAAAAAUUGCAGAUUUUUUGGGAUGUCCUUUCACUCAAGAGGAAGAAAACCAGGAAGUGAUCGAACGCAUAAUCAAGCUAUGCAGCUUUGAGAAGAUGAAGAACUCGGAAGUGAAUAAAUCUGGAGUGAUUUACCAAUUUCUGGAGAAAAAGUACUUUUUUCGGAAAGGAGAAACCAGAGAUUGGAUAAACUAUUUUUCUCCUUCCAUGAUAGAAAAACUGUCUAAAAUUAUCGAAGAAAACUUUGGCGGAUCAGGUCUGUCAUUUAUAAUUUAGAAUAAUGCAUUGUUGUAAGAUUCCUAAGUAAAUAAGUUGCUGCACAUAAUAUAAGUAUGCACUGUAUUUAGUGAGAUAAAUAUAUUGUCACUUUUCUUUCAUUGUUUCUUAAAUAAAGAGGCUCGAUAUGUC